AUGGAGACAAAGAUGGAGAAGGAGAAGAUGAAAAAAGAUGAGAAGCAAGAGGAGAAAAGGGAAAGCGAGACCAUAUUGCCACCUCCCACCUGGUUUAAGUGCGUCCAAAGAUUUUGGGCUCUUGCUGGCCCAUCAAGUCGUGACGGUACACGACACCAGAUCAAACGCGUCUGCCUACUCCAAGUGUAUCCAAGCCAGAUCAGAGAUGAAGGCAGUCUUGUGUCUUCGGUCGUUUGUGAAUUGAUGUUAAAAAAAGUUGUUGGGGCUGCUGGUGGUGGUGGUGGUGGUGUUACUGUGCUCGCACUCGAACCUGCCAACCGUUGGUGCUGGCGUCUGGUGGGCCAGCGAUUGGUGAAUGAAGAUUCGAGCGUUGAUCGUCCAACAGCUGCUCAGACCAGCUCUUCUCACUCGCCAGUCUCCAGCGCCGACUCCCGGGUCCACCUGCCGGCGAGCUCUACGGGUCUCGACAUGUCGCUUCUGCCCGUCGUACUCGUCUUCGUCUGUCUGGCAGGAUUGUCCGCGGUGCAUGGUCUCGUGCCACGACCCGCCGACUGGAAGCUGCUCGGCCAGAGCUACUCCGUUGCCAGCCAGCUUCACUAUGGCCUGAACGAGGCGCCGAAGUGUCGUCUGCUUCAGGACGCGGUGCGUAGGUUCGACCGCCGCAUCCACCUCGUCGGCUCGCCAGUCAAGCCGACCGACGAGGGCGUCGAGCCUGUGGCGCCAUUGAAGAUGGUGAAGAUGAGCAUGCGAGAGGUCUGCGACGAGGCCGCCGGCCCGAUCUUCCCGACUCCAGACACGAAUGAGGCAUGUGAGUUGAGCAAGACUGGUUGA